AUGAAAAUCUGUAAGUUUUAUCAAAAUGGAAGAUGUUGGAGGGAACGAGCUUGUCCUUUCAAACACCAAUAUAAAAACCAAGAAAACAGAAGAGGAACAUAUGCUCACAACAAGUCGAGAAGUACAGACUAUGAUAAAGGAUGGAAUCAUUCCUAUGAUGAAGCAGUCAAGGAAGAGACAAGCUCGCAAAACAAAGCAACAUUCCAGAAUGAUUCGCUCAUUACAAGAAGAGAAUACAGCAAAACCAUCUCUCCUGAUUCUAGAAAUACCAAGUGGAUAGAUCAGAGGGAAACCCCAGAGUUUUCUGAUAGAAAACAAGACAACAGAAGAGGAGUCGCUACUAGAUCGAGGAAAACAAAGGGAGAAGUGGAAUCCUAUGGUGAUGAGAGAUGUAUGAUCGGUACUGUCAAAAAGAGUUCAUCGAUCCAGCCCGAGAUUUCUUACAAGUAA